AUGAAUGAGAAAAAAAUUGCAACGACGAAUGCGUUGAAAUGUAUAGGAAAUAAAUUAGAGUUGCCACUGAAACUAGCAGAUCAUACACAUUCAUUUGAUGACAAUCUGCAAUCGCCUUUAUCUCCAACCGAUAUGUCAAAAACUCUAGACACUGCCACAACAUUCAACAAUGGAAGUAUACUAAAUAAUUCUUUAAGUGAUGUGUUGGAUAGGCAACUGCUCAAGUGCAGUUCCAUGGCUAGCACCUGCGGAUCUCCUGUAACUUCCGCAAAAUUUCCUCCUGAUCAUAUAGACAACAUGGAUGAUUUUGAUAAUCUUUAUUCUUCAUUCUACGGUUGUACUAUAAAGUCUUAUAAUGGGCCUAAAACAGUCAAUGACACUACUAACGUUGAGGGUAAGAUAGGGAAGGUGUCAAAGCUUGUAAAAUUGAGUGAGAGGAUAAGCGGUUUCGAGCGCCAAAUUCAACUACAGGCAAAACGUAAAAUAUUGGCAGAGGAGACAAAAAUUAAGUACCUAGAUCAAACAAUCGCAAGACUUGUACAAUCAGUGGAUGAUGAGACCAAUCGUCGCUUGGAGACAGUUAAAGCAUUACACUCCAUAUUUGAGACUCAGAUCAAAGUGGUGGAGAAAAAAAUGGAUUCCUUGUUAUCCUCGAAAUUCAGCCAUCUGCAGCAAGUUCUCAACACUAUAAACGAUAAAAUGGAUAGUUUGGAAUUACAAAUUGAAAAUGAAAAGUCAACUAUGAGCAAAAAUAUCAAGGAAAAGGGUAGUCUCAUUGCUGAAGGUGUCUCUAGUUUGCAGACAAUUGUAGAAGAAGAACGGAUCAAAAGAUCCCAAAGAGAAACUAAAAUAUUGCAAAUUGCCAUAUCUGCCGAAACAAAGAUUGAAAAAUUGUUGGAAACUGAAAGGCACUGCGUCGAGAACAAGUUGGAGGAGUUGAAGGGCAAGUUUGAGACGUGGAAGGCAAAUAGGGAGAAGGAGGCCAGUGAAUUUCAAAUUUUGAUGCUGAAAGAGUUGUCUAAUAUUAAAAAUGGAUUAGUUUUGGAGUGCCAGGCUAGGGAAAGUGCGGAUGAUGACAUUGUACAGGCAUUGCAUAGUUACGCCAAGAUCUUUGCCAAUUUUGAAAAGGACGCGCCAUAA